CGCUGUCAGUCAGCUGCACCGUCAAAAUUCUAAAAGAAGAGGAGGCGCAAGUUUUGCUGGCUCCAAAAUAAACCCGUGAAGAUUUUGCUCGCAAAAAUGGCCUGCCGGAUGCUGCUGUCCUCGUCGGGCCGUGCCCUGAACGCGGUCGCCGGAACGCGCGCCAUCUCCAGCCAGGUGCUGGCCCCGCUUUGCGCCGCCAUCAAGGACGAAAUCACGCACACUGGCCAGUUUUACGACGAUAAGGACUACCGUAACGUGCGCUUCACGAACGCCGCCAAGGUGGUCAACCCGAACUGGGCCAUCAAGCUGGUUGACGAAGCGCCCAUUGUCGAGAGCAGCGCGCGGGUUGUUUACUGCGACGGUGGAACCGAACCGGCUCUGGGACAUCCGAAGGUGUACAUCAAUUUGGACAAACCUGGUGCCCAUGCUUGCGGUUACUGCGGCCAGCGGUUCCAGAAGAAGGAUGACCACCAUCACUAGGAGGAGAGAAGUUCUUUUGGAAAGAAAUCGUGCUGAAUUAGAUUGUUUGAAAUUGAGGAAAUACACUUAAAUGGAAGUCAAAAUUG